AUGUCUGUCUUCUUGUCCUUCGUCGCCAUCAUUUCACUUGCGCUGGCCCCUCUAUCACCGCAAGCCUCCGCCGCAGGGGUGGCAGAGAAUGGCAGCUCGACCGCCGGGCGUCCUACGAUUGGCAACUACCAGCGGCAAUUCCUGCAGGCGCACAACGAGGCGCGUGCCGCAGCGGGCCUGCCCCCGCUGACCUGGAACAUGACGCUGCAGCUGGACUCCAAGAGGUACGCCAACGAGCUCCGGAUCCGGUGCAGCACGCGCCCCUUAUACGCCUGGGGCACCGACGGCAUCUACGGGCGGAACCUCUACAAGGGCACGGACAAGCGCCGGACCCCAGCCGAGGCCGUGGCGGCGUGGGUGAGCGAGGGGCACUGGUACGAUCUCAAGAACAACAGGUGCACUGCGCCCGAGGACCAGAGUUGCGAUGAAUACAAGCAGGUGGUGUGGCGCGCCACUACACAGGUCGGCUGCGGCCGCCACUUCUGCCGGGCCAGCUUCAACACCACCGUUGCCGUCUGCGAGUACUACCCGCCCGGGAACAGAAAUGGCCAGCGCCCUUACUGA